UCGAGUGGUUUCUUACCUUCCAGGCUCAAACUUCACCUCUUUAUCUAAAAACAUUUUUAAUUCUCAGUGUCAGUUUGCAUGGGUUUCUAGGACUUGAUUAAAGGCUGUUGUUGCAACUUGCUUUGCAAACAUCUCUUGCAUUGUUCGAGAUCACACAAAAAUUGGUGGACGCCCAGCAGUAUUGCCUCGAUCUCCUAUUGAAGAUGCCUGUUCUAGUGUAUAGUUGUUUUUAGAGAGGUGUGAUUCAUUUACGUUUAACUCACUUUGUCUUAGUCUAAGAUGUAAGAUUGGAUUAGGUAAAUUCUAUUUGCCUUUCUAAACAAAUGAAUGGAGAGUGUAAAUAAGGAGAAAGGGUCAGAGUGCUCUAGAAUUGAACGUUUAUUGCUCCCAGAGGGGCCGUGCGGAAACCUGAUUGAGUGAUUAACGAUGAAGUCUUGUUUUGUCUUUUUCCUGAUACUUUUCUCUUUUGUGUUCUCUUUUGCUGUUUUGCACUUAACAAAGAUAUUGAUCCAAAACUGUGACCCUGCAAGUACACUCUCGCUAACUGAAAAUGGUCACGGUGACCCCAUUCUUGGCACAAAAAUGGCCCCAGCUAAGAUGGCAAUGAAUACGACAAAUGGAGAAAAACAAACAAACAUCUCUGCACCAAACCUCUGAGAUGUCAACCCAGAGUUGUGUGUUGAUUUACUGUAGGAAAAUGCAACACUGAUAAAUAGGCUCAUUUGUGAGUCAUGAAGCAAGUGCGACUUUGUCAACAUCACAGAGCUGAGGUUUAAACCAAAAUAGUCACUCACUCUGCUACAUAGGCAACGGUAAUGGCAUAUUGAGUAUUUCAGUUCUUCCUGUUUAUCUUGCCUAGUGGAGUCUUUGCAUUUACAUUUUUGGGCUGUUGCGAAAAAAAUGUGGCAUCAGAGUAUAAAGGAAGAGACGUAUUUGCCAAACAGGCACCUCGUCUUGCGCAAGUCCUCUAAUGACAACUCAGAUGUUUGCUUGACUUGAAUUCGACAGCAAGAGAAGACCACGGAGCUUGAUAAAUGUUCAUUAUGCACAAGCAAUAUGAAGAAAUCAUUGUGAAUUCAAUGCCAAUAUUGUAAGGUACUGAAGAUAUUUUAUAAUUUUAUAGUUUACUAAAGGUCAAGUGUAUAAUUUUUUUAUUUUAAAAUGCUUUUUUCACAUAAUAUGCAGAGACAGCUGUAAGUAAUCCAUUUGUAGGUCGAUUUCUCUUUUAACCUCUGAGGCAAUGUGACGCUAGCAAAGCUUUGCUCUGUUUUAGCAUCUCAUACAGCCCGACUUAGCAACAUUGACUCAACCAAUAGCAUUGAGUUUGGGGCAGGACUAUCUAUUUGCCUGACAAAUGGAAUAUGGGAAGAGUGUUUGGGAAACCUAUUUGAAAUCAGUCAUUAUUUUCUCAAUGUCAUUUAGUGAUGCUAGUUGUGCAGAAACUACACACUUCACCUUUAACUUUGUACUCAUAUCUGUGCAUUGUGAAAAGACAAGUGACUUUCUUUGUCCAAUGUUAUUGGACAGAUCUUCACUCUUGGUCUUGACUUUGCUUUAUUUUGUAGCCUAAUCAAUAAUUUCCAUUGGUGAGCUGAAGUGUGCGAUUUCUAUUCUGCUAGCUUUAGCAAACUGCCACUAGUGCCAUGUUUAUGCUUUUAGGGGAAUCAAUCUACAAAUCGCUUACUUACAGAUGUCUCUGCAUAUUAAACAGGGUCAAGAGAAAUAAUUAAAAAAAAUAAAAUACAAAUAAUCUUCAAUUAAUGCUGUGGCACUGAAUACAUGGAUUUUUACAUGUUGGUAUAUGUACAACAGUAUGUGCAUGAUGCUAUAAGGAGGUACACAGGCAGUUGUGCAUUAGCUAAUGUUGACUGAAUGCAGCUGGGUUGGGCAGGGCUAAUAGACAAACCAUAACACUAUGACAUCAUCAAAAGAGAAGGGAGAGCAGGGCUGAGAGAGAUAGAGAAUGAAGAAGAGAGGGAGGGACCAAACGAGCCACUGUAAGGGACAGAGCAAACCAUCAGAUAGCAGAGAGAAAGAGAGAGGGUGAGUGAGAGGACGAGUGCGUGUGCAAGAGGACACAGGGCUAGACUCACUCCACAGACAGAUGAUUCACCUCCUAGUGUAUUCUUGUGGAUUUCUCCAUUGCUUCCAUCGCAUCUUUCCUUUUCCCCUUUCCCUAACCAUCCCCCCUUCCCCACCCUCCCCCACUGUCCUCUCUGCUCUGGAUUGCUCCUCCGGGAAUGCUACUUAAGCCCAAGUAUGGCCGCUUCCGGAACGACUCUGUGACCUCCUCCGACGACCUGAUGCAGAGCCUAGCCAUGAGUGGGAAGGUGGUGGCCACGCCAAUGGUCUCCUCAUCCAUGUCUGGCUUAGAGCUUCCACCCCUGGAGACAGCUUCCCUUCCUCCGCCCUCAGCCCAGAUGCUGGCCGACUCGCCUGGGCUGGAUGGCGAGCAGGAAAGCACUACCACUUUCUGUAUGCUCAUCCCCAAGAUGCCUCAGUGGAAGUUCUCCAACUCGCUGCUUAAUCGAAGCCCCUCCAAUAGCAGCUCCAGUUCUGGUUCCAGCAAGGACUCUGGCAGGGCUACUGCAGCCAAGGUUCCUGCACCCUCUUCUGGGGGUGCAGCUGCUGCCAGCGGUCCUGUAGCUAGUCUUGCUGCUGUAUUCAACUCCUGUGACCCUGUUUGUGUGGGCCCCUGUUCCCUACAGGCUAUUAGGCGGCAGAGGGCCAUCGGGCAUUCACCCAGUCACAGAGAGUCUGGUGCAAGGGCCACUGAGGGGAGUCCGGGGGGCUCUGGGAGCUUCAGGAUAGGGAUGAACCGGAGGACGAGGGUGGAGGGUAUGUGGCUGGGAGAUAACUUAACCCAGAAGGGCAGCUUCAUCAACAAGCCAUCACAAGGGUGGUUGCACCCAGACAAGAAGAUCAGCAGCACUGGGGCUUCCUAUAUCGUCAGGUAUAUGGGUUGCAUUGAGGUUCUGAAAUCCAUGCGAUCUUUGGACUUCAGCACUAGGACACAGGUCACAAGGGAGUCCAUCAACAGGUUGUGUGAAGCUGUACCUGGAGGAAAAACUGCAUGGAAGAGGAAAGCUGCCAACAGAACCCUCCAGUCCAUCAUGGGAAAGAGUAACCUGCGUUUUGCUGGAAUGAGCAUCGGCGUCAACAUCUCCAUCGAUGGCUUGAGUUUACACGUCCCCACCACACGACAGGUGAUUGCUCACCACCCCAUGCAGUCCAUCUCUUUUGCAUCUGGUGGAGACUCGGAUACGCCUGAUUACGUUGCUUACGUAGCCAAAGACCCUGUCAAUCAAAGAGCGUGUCAUAUCCUGGAGUGUUCUGACGGUCUUGCCCAAAAUGUGAUCAGUACCAUCGGUCAGGCCUUCGAACUGCAGUUUAAACAGUAUCUACACAGCCCACCUAAAGCCAUUCCUACUAUGGACAGGAAUAUUCGGACAGAGGAGUCAGCGUGGGGUGAUGAUGAGGAGUCGUACGAGCACAAUUACUACAAUAGCAUCCCAGGCAAGGAGCCGCCGUUGGGGGGAGUGGUGGACUCCAGACUCAGGCCUCAAGCGGGCCUACUGGGCCACAUCCAUACACAACCACAGAGCAAAAACGCACAGAUGGGGUCACCGGCCAAAAGAGAUGCAAUCAGCCUUUCUGCCACCCACUUGUGUUAUGAAGCUCACUGGGACACAGAGAACAACAGUAACUCAAGUUUGACAUCAGAUGGUUACUUGCGAGCAGACGGUCAGCCUCCUGGCAGCCGAGAUUAUGAAGAGCACCUUUAUGUAAACACUCAGAAUCUGGACAAUCUGGAGGCCUCGGCGAAUGCCUUAGGAGGACGGAGGUCUGAGAGCCCUAAGAAAGAUAUCUUUGACAUGAGGCCAUUUGAGGAUGCCUUGCGUCUGCACGAGGCCGGAGGAGUUUGUGUAUUGGAGGACAAGUGGCCGAGUCCACCAAAGCGCCGGGCCCCUGUGGCCCCCACAGAGGACCAGCUCCGACGUGAGAUGUGGUACCACGGCCGCAUGAGCCGCAGGGAUGCUGAAAAUCUUCUGGGCCGAGAUGGAGAUUUCCUGGUGCGGGACAGCGCAACUAACCCGGGCCAGUAUGUGCUGACGGGAAUGCAAUGUGGACUUCCCAAACAUCUGCUGCUCGUGGAUCCAGAAGGAGUGGUUCGGACUAAAGACAUGCUUUUUGAGAGCAUCAGUCACCUGAUCAACUACCACCUAACCAACAAGCUGCCCAUUGUUGCGGCAGAGAGCGAGUUACACCUCCAACAGGUGGUACGCAGAAAGCAUUGACGCCACUACAAGCCUUUACACAUGAGAGCAAGGCCAUCCCCUGUGCCGCCAAUCUAGAGACUCCCCAAUAUUGCCUUAAACAGACUCCGAGCUUCCACUGGGACUUGUGGGAUAUCACUUUAGGCACGGACCUCAAACUACAGCAUGCCUUGCUCAAUCUAACCCUUCUUCAACCAACUGGAAGACCCCUACACCCCAACUGAGAGCUUCACGUUGUGAAAUAAAGUCCUCGUAAAAACUAUCCCUUCUGCAAACUAGACCCUGCAAUUCCCAGCAUACUGCUCUUAGAUGUCAAAAAUGUGAACUUACUUCCAUUACAUCCGUAUGAGCAUUUUGCCUUGACUGGGCUGUCGUUUCUAAAUGUGAUAGCUUCACUAACUGUGAUUGUGAUCUUCCCUGACGAUCACCUCUUUAGAACUCUGGACAUCAGUAUCUUGUUGUGCUUAUAAACGUGGUCAACAUUUUGUUCUCAGGAUGCAGUAUAUGACAAGGACAUUAUAAGCUUAGAAGCUUACUUGCUUUAACUCAGACUAAUGCAGUUUUAUUGAAUGAACGUGUUUAAUUUAUUAACUCUCAGGACCAAAUGUUGGGUCAUGCUCAUGUGGUGUUACCCCUCCUCCUAAUUUUUUUUUACAAUAGUGAUAAUUGUGAUCCAGAAAUGAAGUACAAACAUUAUACUUCAGCAUACAGAACACAACCAAACAUCUGGACAUAUUCCAUUUCCCUUUUUUGGUUACUCACAUAAACAAAUACCCACAGUUUCAUUUCAGGUGUUCUAGUAAUACAGCAUCAAAACCUAUGAAAUAUGAUUUAAGAAAUAUUUUACCCUACAAUGGACAUUCUGACACAUAUGACUUUCUUCUGUAAAUCAUGGAAAGGUAGAUCUCUUCCAUAUAACGAAAGUACACAAUGACAAUUCACAUACGGUGCAUCAAGAUGCAUUGUACCAAGUUUGACGUCAAUGAUGCCAAACGGCAUUGGUUUCUAAGCGUUCCGUAACCAAAUCUGUUUCGGAUGCGCAAAUGUUUUUUGAAAGAUAUGACAGAGGGGAAUGUUUUCAGUUAAUAAUUACAUAAAUUUCUUAUUGUUCCUCACAAAAAGCUAUUUUCUGGCUUCAAAAGUCUAGUAAAACUAAAGUCAAGUGUAAAUUCAACGCUUGUCAAGGUUGUUUUUUGUUGUUGUUGUUGUAUUGGCCUACUUGUAAUUAUUUAAUAGUGUUCAUCUGAUUUCAAAGCUGCUUCCUAGUCAAAUGUAGUCAAAAUACACUGACUAAAACCUGCCUCUGUGAGAUGUCCAGAUAUCCUGAUUGAGUUUUGCUCACUACAGUGUAUAAAGAAAAACCUUUUUCAAAUCUUACAUAUGUUUUCCCCCCCACUAUCCAAAAGAAUAUUCCAGUGCCUUAAAAGUAUAUAUUACAGAGCUUUCAAGGCAAGCUGAAUUGAUUUUCUUAAAACAUUCUAUUUUUCUUCUUUCUGCGAUUAAUUCCGCUUAAAGCAGAUGACAUUUCUGCAAACGGAAUUCCAAAAAUAAACUUUGUUUUCAAAACAGCUUCCUGAAUAUGCUCUCCAUCUGCUGUUUGUCAAAUAAAGAAGUAAACACGACCCCAACUUACGCCACAUUGGUUGAGUAACGUUGUUGGGGCCGGUCUCAGCAGGUUGUUCAAAACAAACAGAGCAGUUUUCAUAGCACCACAGAAACACAGUGCUUACAGUUUUCAAGAACAUUUACCUAUGAAUGGCUUACUAAUAGUUGUCUCUUUACAUCUUUAGCUGGAAUAGGAGAACGUAUUUUAACACUGAAAAAGUUACAUACUUCAGCUUUAAAUUGCUUACAAAGACUCGAUUCAAACUUUUUUUUUAAAGAUAAUUUCAGCAUUAUGAAUCGUUCGCAUUAAUGCAUUUUUACGUCCGCCUGCACUGUUUUUAAAUAGUUCUUCUGUGUAAACAUGCACUAGACAAAUGUUUUUUAAAAAAAACGCAGCUCGAGACACCUACAUUCACAGCAUGACAUCUUACAUCUGUGCUAUCUAUUUUUUUUAAAUGCAUAGUCUUUGCAUACUGAACUCCGAUUGGUCUUAUUAAUUUGCAUACUAAAUUGUGAUUGUUCUUCUCUUGCAUUUAUUGAACUGUUUCUACACUGCAAAGCUAGUGUUGCAUUAUUUUAAGGUGCCUUGAUCCCACCACGGAAUAAAAAUUAGACGUUAUAUCUCACAAUUCUUUGAACUGAAAACUUGGUCCUGCAACUGUGAGAUACAAAGUCACAAUUGCAUGAUAUAAACUUGCAAUUGUAAGUUUAGAUCUCUUAUCUUCUUUGUGAGUUAAUUUCUCACAAGUUAUUAAGUUGCAAUUGCGAGAAAUAAAGAGAUAUAAUGUCAUAUUUACCUUGUUUAUGUUUUAAUUCCGUGGCACGAUCCAGCUUCCAUGUCAUGUAUUAAUUAGUUUGCACAGAAAACAGAAAAGUACCUUGCAAGCACUGGUAUCUCCUUUAGGAAAUGCAAAUAUUGCUUUAUGUCUGAUGAUGAAAUCCUUUAGGUUUGUUUCUUCAUUUCAACAUAUGUUCAAGUAUAUCUCAACAUUUUGUCAACAAUGACAAUCAGAUGUACCCUGAAUUGAUUACAGUAUAACUGCAAAUGUUAUUUUUUUCUCAUUGGGUUGUUGUUAUUAAUCCACACUUCCUCUGUCUUUUCAUCAUCAGGAGGGUUAAAGCCAAAGUCACAAGACUGAAAACUAUCUGUCGAUCAUAGCGCCAUACCAAACUCGCCAAACUCUCUUAUGCUCUGUUUUUGUCUGAUAUCAAAGCAUUAUCAAUAAAACUGAACAGGAA